CGAGUGACAGUCAGCAGGCUGUCAGAGCUCAGGGGCUGUCUAAUUGGACAAAGGGGACGAAGGUUGUCUUGAAAGCACUUCCGGAGCCCGUGUGCUUGCGAGGGUUGACGUCAGAUUGAUUCUUGGGAAGUUUUGCUUCCGGCAUUGCUUCGGAACAUGUGAAGCUAUCGCCCUUCUCUUCCAUUGGAUGGCUGCGUGAAGUUGUCACCAAGAUCUUCCGGUGGUUGAUGGGGGUAAAAGUAUCUUUACGCCCAUUAUUUUUCUUUUCUUCUUUCGAUAAUCCAUCAGAAAUUAUUUUUUAGAAACAAUUGACCAUGAAGUUUGUCAACGCCCUCGCCCUUGUCAUGGCCGCUUCUGGCGCCACUGCCUUUGCUCCUUCCUUCUCGGCCAAGAAGCACACUGCCCUCAAUGCUGCGCUUAUGCAAGAUCAAACGGGACAAUCCUCUUUGGAUCCUGCAGUCAUUGCAAAAUAUGCUGACCUUCCAUUCCCUAAAGACUGUAUCCUUGCUGAGUAUGUGUGGGUGGAUGCUGUUGGAAACACUCGCUCCAAGACCCGAACUCUUGAUGCCUCCAAGGCAAAAUCUGUCGACUCUUUGCCCAAGUGGAACUUUGAUGGAUCCUCCACCGACCAGGCUCCUGGAGAUGACUCUGAGGUUAUCCUUCGUCCUUGCCGCAUCUUCAAAGAUCCUUUCCGCCCUCGAUCCGAUGGCGUUGACAAUAUUUUGGUCAUGUGCGACACUUACACUCCCCAGGGAGAACCAAUUCCAUCCAACACACGUGCCAAGGCUAUGGAAUCUUUCGAAGGAAACGACGAUCAAGAAGUUUGGUUUGGACUGGAGCAAGAAUUCACUCUGUUCAACUUGGAUCAAAAGACUCCCCUUGGAUGGCCCGAAGGAGGUAUGCCUUCUCGCCCGCAAGGUCCUUACUACUGCAGUGUUGGCCCCGAAAACAAUUUUGGAAGGAUGAUCACCGACUCCCUCUACAAGGCUUGCUUGUAUGCUGGAAUUACCAUCUCUGGAACCAACGGAGAAGUCAUGCCUGGUCAACAAGAAUACCAAGUUGGACCCUGUGUUGGAAUUGAUGCUGGAGACCAAUUGAUGAUGUCCCGAUACAUUUUGCAGCGUGUCUGCGAAGACUUCCAAGUCUACUGCACACUCCACCCCAAACCCAUUGUGGAAGGUGAAUGGAACGGAGCUGGUAUGCACACAAAUGUCUCCACCAAGAAAAUGCGUGAAGAGGGUGGACUCGAGGACAUCAAGCAGGCCAUCUACAAGCUUGGAGCCAAGCACGCAGAACACAUUGCUAUUUAUGGUGAAGGAAAUGAAUUGAGAUUGACUGGUGCCUACGAAACUGCCUCCAUUGAUCAAUUUUGCUAUGGUGUUGCCAACCGUGGAGCAUCUAUCCGUAUUGGACGUGACACAGAAGCUGAGGGCAAGGGAUACUUUGAGGAUCGUCGUCCAUCAUCCAAUGCUGAUCCUUAUCUCGUCACAGGAAAGAUCAUGGGAACCAUCAUGGAAGAUGUCGAUGUCCCAGCAAUCGCCCCCAUGGACAAAGAAACCGCUUAGAUCAAUUUUACCACCGCACUAGUGGUGUUUUGCAAAUACGUUCCCUGCCAUUGUAACUUACCGCAGGGUUGGGUGGAAACCUUGCGACGACAAUUGUUAAUUUUUAAGACCAAGUUUUUAGCCAAUUGCAAUCACUGAAGGAUAUCCACGACGGUAAAAUAAAUGGAGAGGCAGAGUAGAGAAGUUUGCUUCUUGUACCGCACAUGUGCUUGCCUGCAACCAAGCACGGCGCUGAACGAGUGACACUCGGUCAGUCUUGCCUGGUGCGGUUUUGUUGCGUUCCAUGGUCCCGAUCCUCAUUCUACCGCUCAACAGACAUGACCAAACCAUUUUGGUUCUUAGGGUGUCAACUCUGUUGGGGUUGGAGCUACAUGUAAAAUGCUCUGGUUAGGUGUCAAUGGUACCGGUACAUGCCACCGAUAGUAUAUAGUAUAUGCAGUCCGGCCAUUCCUCCUGCAUUUCUUACUUAGGUGCCUCUACCUGCGAGAGGCAAGCUCAUGCAGCCAUUCAAACGAAGAGAAAAGCCAAACUAAAUCCGCCCUCUUCCCUCGUACUGCAGUCAGUUCCAUGGAUAUCUGAGUAAGUAAGUCAUCUAUGCAAGUUCCCAAUAAGUAAGUUAGUUACAGUGUGAAGGACUGGGCGUUUUGAGCUCUCAUCAAGAGGAGAUCUCUUGCCCUCCGUAGAAUAUUGAUUUGGGCUCCUUCCAGUGAUGGUUGCAAGAAGAGCUCAUAAAGGCGUGUGGAAGAAUCUGCCCCCGACACCUGACAUCCCAGCUGUAGGCUUUCUCUCAUAUGUGGAUUCAUGAACUGCUUGAAGAGACCCCACCCCACAUUGGCAAUGAAUGCUGUAUUGUAUGCCAAUAGCUGGUUCCAUUUGAGUGGGUAAUAUCCCCUCAGCUCAUCGUGCAUGCGUCUUUCGAAAUCGAUGGAAACAUUUUCCCAUUCGACUUGUCCACAGUCCAACAAAAGAGUGAGACCUUUCCGUAUCGAUGCCAGAUUGGGUUGAGUGCAAUAGUACAUGUAGUAGCUAGCCGAGACAUAAUUUUUCCAGUAAAAAUCCGCUCCUCUUUGACUACAGGGUGCUAGAACCAAGUCGGGGUAAAAGACACUGGCAUCCCAGGCGAGAAUGGCUUCGUUGGUGUCAGGACAGUUGUCCAAGUGCAAUAGG